AUGUCUGUCCAAGCUAAAUGGAGCAAGCUGCUCAACGCGGAGAUCCUCCAACGCUCGUCACAGGCACUCUCCGUCGUUGGCAACAAAGUCUACGUGUUUGGCGGAGAGUUGCGACCCCGAGAACCCCGCGAUAAUGUUGUGCAUGUAGUAUCACUUGAUGACCAAGAGGCUAGGAUCAGCUCUAUGCCCUCCCAAUCCGACGCACCCUCUCCUCGAGUCGGCACAGCAUCUACAACCUUGAAAGAGAGCAUCUAUCUCUUUUCUGGCCGUGGCGGAGCUGCAAUGGCUCCUAUCGAUGAGCAGGGUGCCAUCUGGAAAUUCGAUACCACCACGAGACAAUGGUCUCUUCUAUCUCCAGCAGAUGCCGUCAAUGUUCCAGAGCCACGCAGUUACCAUUGCGCCUGCAGCGACCAGAAAGAUACCUUAUAUAUUCACGCUGGAUGUCCUGAGAAAGGUCGCUUAUCGGACCUGUGGUCAUUUAACUUGGGCACUAAACAAUGGAAACAACUCACUUCUGCCCCAGACCCAGCUCGGGGUGGUACUUCUAUUACUUUCGCAGACGGCAAACUCUACCGAAUGAAUGGUUUCGAUGGAAAGACCGAGCAGGGCGGAAGCAUCGACGUAUACACUCCCGAAACGGAUACCUGGGAAUCACACUCGUACAAGCCAGACGGCGAAUCCGGCCCGAUUGCACGAAGUGUAUGCGCUUUGGUUCCGGUCGUUGUUGGCAACAAAUCUUACGUUGUCACCUUAUUUGGAGAAAGCGACCCGAGCAAUCUAGGACACCAAGGUGCCGGCAAAAUGCUGGACGAUGUAUGGGCGUUUGACAUCUCCGGCAAGACAUGGCACAAGGUUGAUGCCCAGAGCAAUGCAGUUCCUGACGCACGAGGAUGGUUUGACGCUGAUGUUGUCGGCCAGGACAUGAUUAUCGUACAGGGAGGAUUGGGGGAGGCGAAUAACCGUUUGGGAGAUGUUUGGAGUCUCAGCUUUGUAUAG